AUGAACAAGCGCUUUUUCCGGCACGGCCCAAACGACCCGUGUGAUCCUUCCAGAGCGCGCUCGACUUUCGCGAUGCAUGCUGGAUCGGUGUUCGUGAAGCUUGACAGGUGGGAUGCAGCCGAGUGCGACCAGACGAUCACGCAAUUCAAAAUUGAUAUUAUGGACCAAUCAACGGGAACUCUCGGGUUCGGCGCCAGAUCGAGAAUCACCAGAGAGUCAGAUCAACGAAGCAUUAUUGCGGUGCUCAAGCGAUCGUCUGGUGACAAGCACAGAGCCGCGCUAGUAACACCCUAA